UUAUUUUACAGAGAACAAUCUUAAAUAAAUUUAAAAUGCAUUCUGAAGAUCAAAAGAGGCAGGAGUGUGCUGUAGAUGGAAAUAGUCAUGAGAUGACUGCAUCCAGCCAGGGUCAUGAAUCUGAAGACAAACACAAGGAAAAGAAGAAGAAGAAAGCAGAAAAGGCUAAGAUGGUCAGCCCGUUUACACUGUUUCGAUACUCCAGUUGGUUGGAUAAGUUACUAAUGAUACUAGGCACUGUCCUGGCAAUAGCCCAUGGAAGCAGUCUACCUAUUGCAAUGAUAAUUUUUGGUGAUAUGACUGAUAGCUUUGUUGAUUCUGGACACACAAAUUUGACAGGAAACGUUUCUGCAGCGAAUUACACUUCAGAUGUUCUUGGCAAACUGGAAGAAGAUAUGACAAGAUAUGCAUACUACUAUUCUGCAAUAGCAGCUGCUGUUCUUCUUGCUGCUUAUAUUCAAACUUCAUUUUGGACCCUAGCAGCAGGCCGGCAAAUAAAAAAAAUCAGAGAAAAAUUUUUUCAUGCGAUUAUGAGACAGGAAAUUGGAUGGUUUGAUGUAAAUGAUGUGGGAGAACUUAACACUCGUCUCCUGGAUGAUGUCUCCAAGAUUAAUGAAGGAAUAGGUGACAAACUUGGUUUGCUUUUUCAAGCACUAACAACAUUUGUAGCAGGAUUUGUUGUUGGUCUCAUCAGAGGAUGGAAAUUAACCCUUGUAAUACUAGCAGUCAGUCCUGUCCUCGGACUUUCAGCAGCCCUCUGGGCAAAGGUUCUCUCUGCUUUCACUGACAAAGAACAAGCUGCAUAUGCAAAAGCAGGUGCUGUUGCAGAGGAGGUUCUGGCAGCAAUCCGUACUGUAAUAGCUUUUGGAGGGCAGGAAAAAGAAAUUAAAAGAUACCAUAAAAAUUUAGAAUAUGCUAAAAAGUUUGGAAUAAAAAAGGCUAUCACAUCUAACAUUUCUAUGGGUGCUGCUUUCUUACUGAUAUAUGCAUCAUAUGGACUGGCCUUCUGGUAUGGAACUACCUUGGUCUUAACUGAUGAUUACACUAUUGGCAAAGUUCUUACAGUAUUUUUCUCUGUAUUGAUUGGAGCUUUCAGUAUUGGACAGACUGCUCCAAGCGUAGACGCAUUUGCUAGUGCAAGAGGAGCUGCCUAUGCAAUUUUUAAUAUCAUAGACAAUGAACCUCAAAUUGACAGUUAUUCAGAGACAGGUUACAAACCAGACCACAUUGAAGGGAACUUGGAAUUCCAAAAUGUUUACUUUAAUUAUCCAUCCAGACCAGAUGUUGAGAUAUUGAAGGGCUUGAAUCUCAAGGUUGGUUGUGGCCAGACAGUGGCCCUGGUUGGUGGCAGUGGCUGUGGGAAAAGUACAACUGUUCAGCUCAUCCAGAGAUUUUAUGAUCCCAAGGAAGGCACGGUUACCAUUGAUGGGCAGGAUAUUAAGACCUUAAACUUAAAAUAUCUGCGGGAGAUUAUUGGUGUGGUGAAUCAGGAGCCCGUGCUCUUUGCUACUACCAUUGCAGAAAAUAUUCGUUAUGGCCGUGAGGAUGUCACCAUGGAAGAGAUUGAAAAAGCUACCAAGGAAGCGAAUGCUUAUGACUUCAUCAUGAAGCUACCCAAUAAGUUUGAAACUGUGGUUGGAGAAAGAGGGGCACAGCUGAGUGGAGGCCAGAAGCAAAGAAUAGCAAUUGCCCGAGCUCUGGUUCGCAAUCCUAAAAUUCUUCUGCUUGAUGAGGCAACAUCAGCUUUGGAUACUGAGAGUGAAUCAGUUGUACAGGCAGCACUGGACAAGGCAAGGGAAGGACGCACCACAGUUGUGGUAGCUCAUCGACUGUCAACAGUUCGAAAUGCAGAUCUUAUAGCUGUGUUCAAGGGUGGAGUCAUCACAGAACAAGGGAAUCAUUUUAAAUUGCUUGAGAGGAAGGGAAUCUACUAUAAACUCGUUAACAUGCAGGCAAUAGAAGCUGAAGUUCCAUCAUCAGAAAAAGAUAAGGAUGCGCUUAGUAUCAAAAAAUGUGAGUUAGAACCAGAAUUUGAAGAAUCCUUAACAAAAGGAUUGAGAAGACGAUCAACUCGGAGAAGCAUGAAAAAGCCAGGAGCACAAAAUGAUGAUUCUGAUGAGAAAACUAGUUCACCUGAUGAAGAAUUACCUCCAGCUUCGUUUCUGAAAAUUCUGAAGCUGAACAAAACUGAAUGGCCAUACUUUCUAGUUGGAACUUUAUGUGCAGUUAUCAAUGGAGCUUUGCAACCUGCAUUUGCACUCAUAUUUUCAGAAAUUAUAGGGAUUUUUUCAGAAACUGAUGACACCAUUUUAAGAGAAAAGAGCAACUUAUAUUCAGUGCUGUUUUUAGUACUUGGGAUCGUUUCCUUUUUUACGUUCUUUUUUCAGGGUUUCACAUUUGGAAAAGCUGGAGAAAUUCUUACAAUGAGACUUCGAUUCAUGGCAUUUAGAGCAAUGCUUAGACAGGACAUGGGCUGGUUUGACAAUUCUAAAAAUAGCACUGGAGCAUUAACUACACGACUUGCUAAUGAUGCCUCCCAAGUAAAAGGAGCAACUGGUGUCAGACUGGCAUUAAUUGCCCAAAACGUAGCUAACCUGGGGACUGGAAUUAUUAUAUCAUUAGUUUAUGGCUGGCAGUUGACCCUGCUACUCUUAGCUGUUGUGCCAAUCAUUGCAGUGGCAGGAAUGAUUGAAAUGAAGAUGUUGGCUGGGCAUGCUAAAAAAGAUAAAGAAGAGCUGGAAGCUGCAGGAAAGAUUGCCACAGAAGCCAUAGAAAAUAUUAGAACUGUUGUUAGUUUGACCCGAGAAAGAAAAUUUGAGUUGAUGUAUGGAGAACAUUUGCAUGGACCAUACAGAAAUUCUGUGAAGAAGGCACAUAUAUUUGGAAUUUGUUUUGCCCUUUCACAAGCAAUGAUGUUCUUUACCUAUGCUGGCUGUUUCCGGUUUGGUGCCUAUCUAGUUGUAAAUGGACACAUGGAAUAUAAAAGUGUGUUUUUAGUGUUUUCAGCUGUUGUAUUUGGUGCAAUGGCAUUAGGACAAACCAGCUCUUUUGCUCCAGACUAUGCCAAAGCCAAGAUAUCAGCAGCCCACUUGUUUCUGCUGUUUGAAAGAGUACCCUCAAUAGAUAGUUACAGUGAGGAAGGAGAGAAGCCUGAAACAUUUGGGGGAAACAUAACCAUCAAAGAUGUGGCAUUUAACUACCCAAACCGACCACAGGUCAAAAUUCUCGAAGGUUUGAAUCUAAAAGUAGAAAAGGGACAAACUCUGGCUCUUGUUGGUAGCAGUGGCUGUGGAAAGAGCACUGUUGUUCAGCUGCUUGAGAGAUUUUAUGAUCCGCUUGAUGGAGAAAUGCUUUUUGAUGGUAAAAAUGCAAAGAGACUAAAUAUCCAGUGGCUGAGAGCUCAGAUUGGUAUUGUCUCGCAAGAACCAAUGCUAUUUGACUGCACCAUUGCUGAAAACAUCGCAUAUGGAGAUAACAGUCGGCAGGUGUCACACGAGGAAAUUGUUAAUGCAGCAAAAGAAGCCAACAUUCAUUCCUUCAUUGACUCUCUGCCAGAUAAAUACAAUACCCGUGUAGGAGACAAGGGAACUCAGCUUUCUGGUGGUCAGAAACAACGUAUUGCUAUUGCCCGAGCUCUUGUACGUCAGCCACAAGUUCUGCUACUGGAUGAAGCUACGUCUGCCUUAGAUACAGAAAGUGAAAAGAUUGUCCAGGAAGCACUGGAUAAAGCCAGAGAAGGUCGCACCUGCAUCGUGAUAGCUCACCGCCUCUCCACCAUCCAAAAUGCUGACAAGAUUGCUGUGGUCCAGAAUGGCAAGAUCAUAGAGCAAGGGACUCAUCAGCAGCUCCUGGCUGAAAAAGGCACUUACUAUUCUCUGGUCAAUGUUCAAAGUGGGUCGUGCAACAUGUAAAUUAAAGGCAGUACUUAUCUC